AUCACGACAGACGAGGAAAACGAUCACCAAAAUCAAGACCGUAAACAAUGAAUUUCAGUGCUAUUUACAUUGCUGUUGCGUUCGCCUUUCUCAUCGGAGAAGCAACAAUGGCGCCAUCCGGGGAGGAAGAUGCUUUACAGACGGGCAAGUCGACGUUUCCUCUCGUCCACUUUUGCAAGACGGUUAAUGACAUGGGCUAUUCCAAGGCAGAAAAGACACUAAAGGAUGCAGUGAACGCACUCGGAAAAUACAAAGAGACAAAUACCGAAGCAGCAAUGGAAACUGUUCUGCAAAUGUUGGCAGUUAGUCACAUAAAAUACUGCAACGAAGUGGAAGCCGCGAAGAAGGGGAACUAGGAAGGGCAUGUUCUUCUGUGUAAACCCGAGUAAGAUACCAAGUCAAGUUCUUGAAUUCGUGUUCUUGAAUCUGUAACCUGAAUAAAAAAACCAGGCACAUUU